AUGGAUGAAGCAACUAAUCUACUCGUUACAACAAGUCCAGUAGCUGUCUCAUUAUCGCGUACAACAAGAAAUGGUAAAGUAACGGGCUAUAAGAAUUAUACCAGUCCGUUAACGGAGGAGAAUCUGAAACUACAUACUGGCAUGGCACUACCUUCUCGAGAAGCAAAAUCACAUCAUGUGUUAAGCUAUGUUGAUCUUCAGAAACAAUUGGUUGCACUUGAAGCACAAUUAAAGAGAGAAACAGAAGCAGUGCAGGAAAGAUUCAAUUCAGCGCUUCCAGAAAAUACACCAUCAGUAAUACCGGAAAUUAUUUAUGUACCCAUAAAAAUACCAUCACCAAGAUCGGCUAAUUUUAAAACACCACAAAAUCACUCAUUGAUAAAAGAAAAAGAUUCAAUUUCAAUACGAUUAGAAACAUCUAUACCGCCAUCACCUGCUCAAUCAAUUUCAGUACAUUCUCGAGGAUCUUCAAAUCGACCUCUAAAACGUAUGUUUACUUAUAAGCCACACUUAAUAGUACCUCCUGCCAAUCCAACAUCUUCAGUUCACAAUAAACCUGCUCAUACUCCUCUAUUACCUUCUCAUUUACCAAUAGAACCCACAUCAAUAAUACCACCACCACGGCCAACAUCGCCACCAGCGAAUUCUAAUUCUUUUAUAACAGCAACACAACAGCAGCAACAAAGACUAGCAAUUGUAUCAACAUCUCCAGAAAAUCGAGAUAGCGGGAUCUCAUUUGUUCCUCCAACGGGAAAUCAUUCACGCGAUCAAUCAUUUUCUCUACUGAGAAGAGUUGGUAACUUCUCAACUUUUAACCUUAAAGAGAAAGAGAAUAAUAAUAACAAUAACAAUAACAAUAAAUCGUCGAAUCAUCAUCCACAACAAACGAUUAAAAAGAAGAAAAGUAAUUCAUUUCCAAAAAAUCAUGAAAUUGAGCUAUUGGCUUUUCGUUAUCCUAGUGUAAAGAAAAAUAAUGAUCUAAACACCCCAAUGACAAAUAAGGAUUCAGAUGAGGCAACAAUUAUUCAUUAUACUGCUCUUGGUGAUAUUAAUGUUGGAUCUAAAUCCGGAUCUGGAUUUGGAAUAGAUUCGACUUGGAAAUCAUCGUCAGAUUCUACAAAUAUUGCUGUUGCUGCUUCUAACCCUAUUCCCGUUCAUAUUCCAACUACUCGUCUUCAAGAUGAUAUUGACGAAUCGCUCAGCAAUUUCACACGUUUUCAUAAUUUUAAGAAUAUUAACAAUGAUAAUAAAGAUCAUUUCAAUAGCACAGAAGUAGAAAAAAAAUUUAAAGAAAAAGAAAGCGAAUGGUCAGCUUCUUUUGAUUAUGAUAUAAUACAAUCACAUGUAGAAGAAUAUGACGAAAAUGGAUUACAAACAAAGAAAAAAACGUCAAGAUUCAGAGUAUCAAGUGAAAAAUUCUCACAUUAUAAAAACAGCAACAAUAGCGGGCGUCAUAACAAUCUUACUAGCAUUGAUCAAUUGGAUAUUCUACCGACACCGGCUGUCGUUGUAGAAUGA